AUGGAAUACGAAAUUGAAAAUAAAGAUAACUUAAAAAAAAGAUGUGAAGAAGCCAUGAAAAUUAUUCCAAAUUAUGGAGAUUUCACAAAAAAUUAUUUUUCUAUCGAAAAGGAAAAGUUUAGCGAUACUAUUACACAAUGGCAAAACAGUUAUCCAGAUUUGUAUUAUGAAUUGGAAAAAUGGAAGGAAGAAUCUGGAUUUACACACGAAACGUUAACCAUAAUUCGCAAAACUAAAAGUAAAAAAGUAGAGUGCGUAUUUCUAAAAAUUUACGAAUCAGAAGGGACUGAUAUCUUGAAUUGUGUUGAUAUUUAUAGAAAUUAUCCAAAGCCAAGCAAAAUUUUGAAAGUACGAAACAUAAUAUUUAAACACAAGAGUGAAAAAAUUUUCAAUCAAUUAAUGAAAUCGCACUCUAAAACUGUGGCAGCUCUUAUUUUAUCCGGAAAUGAUGGAAAUGGAUUAAAAAUAUCAUGGAAUUAA